AUGCUUCGUUCCUCAAAUAAUCGUCUUAAUUAUCGUCAAGCACCAUCGAGUAUUGAGAACUAUAAAGCACUAAAUGAGUUCGUAAUGAAGUCAACAAGUCCUCGAACAUCAGGUCAGUCACAUACGGCACAAAAUGAUAAAUGGAAUGAUGAUAAUCGAACAUUACGAAAAUUAGUUGGUGAUCAACCAUUAAAUCCUUCUCAGUCUCGGUCACGAACAUUAGAAAAAUUAGUUGGUGAUCAACCAUUAAAUCCUUCUCAAUCACGGUCACGAUCAUCAAGUGCUGCCUCAUUAAAUUCUUCUCAAUCUCGAUUACGAUCGUCAAGUGUUGCCUUAUUAAAAUCGAUGGUUAUCGAAGGACAGUGGAGAUAUCAGGGACAUGACGACGAUCGUCUUCGACUUAAAGCAGUAGGUAUUGAAAAUUUAGUUCCUAUUUGUCAUGAUAUUAUGAACAUAACACUUGAAUUAACUCAUCAAAAACAAGAAAGACAAAGAAAAUCUCCAUCGACAAAUUUCCGUUGGCCAAUAGUAAAACUUGAUGAAUUUAACCAAUUAACGAAAACUAAAAAGGAAUCUUUAAAUCGUGCUCGUCUUCUUAAUCUUAUGACAAUUGUGUAUGAAGCUGCCUCAACAAGUGCUUCAAUAUCUCAACUUGUUCGUAUUUGGCGUGAAGUUACUAAUUGUCCCACAGUAUGUCAACCUCAAACUCAACCAUUAAUAUCUUAUGAACAAGCUUUUCAACAUUUAAUUCAUAAACCUGAUAAUCAGUUACUUGAAAUAGCACUUCAUGCUUCUCUAAUAAACACUCAGAGUCAAUCCGAUUUACAACGAUUAGGUGAGAAAUUAGGUGUUAAAAAAAAUCAAUUUGAUAUGGGUUCGAUUCGAAAUUCAACAAAAGCUUUUCAAAGUCUAAUUAAGUUCUUACGUGAACUAAAGUUAAAACAAAAAGAAGAGCUGCAAAACAUUAAUAUAAAGAAAUUACCAUAUAAGUCAAAAAAGAAGCAAGGCCUUUAUGCAAAUGUUGCAGGUACAAGAUUCCGUUUAAUUCGUCAAGCUGUUGAUCUAUCUGGUUUUUUCAUAAGUCCCGAUCCUGAUUUUACUUGUAAUUUAUUGUGGAAUGAUUCGUUAAUUUCUAUGGAUAUCGUAUCAGCACUUAAACCUUAUCAAAAAGUAAAUCAUUUUCCAACAAUGAAUGAAAUAUCACGUAAAGAUUUAUUAGCUGCAAAUUAUGACAGAUUAUCAAUUUGUGCUCCUGAGGAAUAUAAUUUCGCUCCAAAAACAUGGAUAUUACCUAAGGAAUAUAAUUUAUGGUAUUCAUAUGCAUCGAAUAAUUCGAAAAAAGAUCCAUCUAUUUAUAUUGUUAAACCAAUUAAUGCAGCAAUGGGACAAGGGAUUUCAAUCCAUUAUGAUUAUAAAAAAAUUCAACCCAUAGAUAAUUACAUCAUUCAAGAAUACAUACGAGAACCUUAUUUAAUAGAAGGCUUUAAAUUUGAUCUUCGCAUUUAUGCUUUAAUAACAUCCUGUGAUCCACUACGUGUAUUUAUAUUUAAUAAUGGUCUUGUGCGUAUGAGUUCGAAAAAAUAUAAAAUACCUAAUGCAAAAAACGCAUUUAAUCUUUCUAUGCAUUUAACAAAUUAUUCAACCGAUGAAAAUGAGCUAGGUGAUGAUUUUGAUACAGAUAAUGGAAAAACCAAUUCACUGGAAUUUUUAUUUGAAUAUCUAAAACAACAAAAGCAAGAUGUUAGUAAACUAUGGAAAGAAAUACAAAAUAUUGUAAUAAAAACCAUAUUUCUUGCUGAGCCACAUAUACUAACAACAUAUCGAAUGUGUCGUCCAGAAGUAUUACCAACAAGUGAAAGUGUUUGUUUUGAAUUACUCGGUUUUGAUAUAUUAAUUGAUAAAAAAUUAAAACCAUGGAUUAUUGAGGUGAAUCGAUGUCCAAGUUUUGAUGUUAAUCGACAAGUUGAAUUUGAUAUUAAAAUUAAAUUAUUAUAUGAAACAUUUGAUUUACUUCGUUUUCGACAAUCUGAUCGAAAGAAAAGUAUUGCUAUUGAAAAAGUUGAAGCACAACGUCGAUUGUAUUCAAGUAUAGGAAGAGAUAUAAAUGAUCAAACUAAUGAAUUAAAUAAAAUGAAAGAAAUUUUGUAUCUUCUUCGACGAGAAAAAGAACGUGAACGUUUUGAAAAUCGUCAUUCAGGUGGUUUUAUUCGUUUAUUUCCAAUUAAUGAUCAAUAUCGAAUGAAUGAAUUAAUGAAUAUUUUAACAAAAUGUUUUCAAGUUUUAUAUACAAAUAAAAAUGAUUCUUCAUGGACUAUGAAAUAUUAUAAUCAAUAUAAUGAAGAAGAAAUAUUACGUAUAAUAAUUCGAUUAGAAGAUAUUUAUCAAAAAGAUCGACAAGAGAGUUCAAGAUUAACUUAUACAUCCAAUCGCAGUCUUGAAUUAAAUCACUUGUCACCUUUGACUAGUUUUGUAUUUGAAGCAAGCGAUGAUGAGAAUGAACUUCAAUUAAAUUCAUCAAGUUCUGAUAAAAUUAAAAAAUCUCUAUCAUCAACAAGUGAUCCAUUUAUAAAAAAAGUAUCAACACAAACAUCAUCAAAUAUCCUUCGAUCAAGCUCAUUAUCAUCGUUAAACACUCCAAAACAACAAUCAAACGCACUUGUUCUCACAGGUGAUAUUAGUCAAUCACGAGCAGACUCAUAUGCAAUGCCACCAGGUGUAUCAGCUCAACGAAUAACAGAAAAAAAGGCUUACUCUACAUUAUCAGCAUCAUCAAAAAAUAUUGAUCAACAACUACCUCGCUCACCAAAAACUACAAAAACUCAUGAUGAUAAAUCUCAAAUGGUUACAUAUUCAUCUAUUGUACAAGCAACUCGACGACAACAAUUAAAUAAUCAAUCAAAAGCAGUUGAAAUCACAAAUGAACUUCAAUUAACUGAUAAUGAAUUAAAUCGUUUAUAUCAAUUAAUACUUGAUCAAAUGAAUAAAUUACGUAUUCAUUAUCCAAACAAAUCAGAUAAAGAAACAAAUCAAAUUUGUAUUGAGAUCAUCGAAAAUUGGAAUAGAUAUAAACCCGAUAUCGGUCGAUAUUGGUUAGUUGAAUUCGAUGCAAAUAAAAGACAAUCCAUUAUUGAUAUUGUUUGGAAUAAUGUACAACAAAUAACUAGAAAAGUGUGCAUUCUUGAUGAACUUGUUCAACAAUUACCAUUAAAUCGUCAUUUAAUAAAAUUACAACGACGUUUAUUAGCUAAUCAUGGACAAUGUUUAUGGGAUACAUGUCAAAAUAAACAUAAUUCAUGGGAAUCAUUAUUUAUGAAAAGUACAAAUCAUUUGUCGAACAUUGAAUUAGAUUGUUGUUAUCGUUUUGUUGAUUUGUGUAAAGAAGCUUUAUUUAUUGUUUAUCGAUAUUCAAUUGAUGAAAAAAUCUAUCAACAAAAACAAAUUGAUCGAGGAUUAACAGUAAUGGUUAAAUCUUAA